AUGCCAGUCGCGAUACCAUCUAUCUCUCACCCCCCACGCCCCGGCCGCAAAGUCUUGGUUAAAGCCAAGCACUCCUCCAAACUAAUGAUGGACAGCAAAACACCUGUCACAGAUGGCGCAAAUAAUGAACCAUCGUGCAAAAGAACCUCUAGCCGGGCAAAAACGGCUAGACACUGGAAAUGGGCUAAAGCCCAGCCUGAUACCACUGAGUCAGAACUCAGUUCAGAUGAGGAGAGUGCCCCUACCCUAGACAUAGAUCAGUCUAACGAUUUGUCCGACCUAGAUUCGGAGUACGGAAAGGAUGAGGAGUGUAACCCCUCCACUAAAAUACAUAUCAGUGGCAUGUCCAGUUCCGAUUUACACAAAGAAG